UCCUCAAUGUUCAGCAACGUCAAACUGAGAUGCCCAAAUAUUGUCCGGCCGACCGCAAUGUGAGUAGACCUAAGAGAGAAUCGUGUCGGGGAAAACACUCAAACUAAACAGGAAUGGUCCCUAUUUAACCCAAAGAGGCAGGCUGAGGCAGAUCAUAUUGAAAGAUUGAUUGCUUUUGUUCUGUUGGGAAGGGUGAGGAGCAUCCUCCUGGACCUCGAGGUUCCUCUGAAGAUGGAAGAAGAGCGCAGUCGGAAUAAAGAGCGUCUGGAGGCUAGUUUGACGUGGCUGUGUGAGCUGGAGAUCCUGAAGCAGCGGCAGGAGAGCCUGGUCCUCGGUGCCCUGUCCCUCGGGGACUCCGUGCCGGGAUGCCCGGCUUGGGGUGAUGUGGGACCGGCCCCCAGCAGCAGGGAGCAGGAGCAGCUCACCUUAAGACGACAGCUGAACCGACUCCAGGGCGCCCCCAGCCUGCUGAUGCUGGCACUACAUCAGCAGCUCAGUGAGUUGAGGUUGGAUACAGGACUCACAUGUGAGCAGAAUAAUGAGGAAGAUUUGGACAGUCCCAGUGCGUCCAGCUCGGGGUUUUAUGAACAAUGUGAAAGUCCGUCUCCUCCACUGCGUUCCUGUUCCUCCCCAAACGUCAGUGUCCCCUGUCACAGGUCCAGAUCUGUGGAUGCCUACUUGCUGGACUGGCAGGGUCAUAUGGAGCCCACAGUACAUACCACCCUGCGCCGCUCGUUUUCUGCCCCGUACCCCCCACUGGAGGGUAUUGCCGAGGGAACAGAGGAGGAAGAAAAUGAUGAAGAAAGCCCUCAGUGGGUUACAGAUAAGAUAGCUGAUGGAAAUGAAAGACUUACGCCAGAGAUGAGCCUCAAUUCUGAUGCUGAGGCAGAUUCUGCAGUAAAGAUAGAUGAUGGCCCAACUGAAGAAGACAUCCAACAGGUUAUGCGUGUGGAGAUGUACAUCCUGGGACUACUACAGCAGCGACACCUCAGAUCUACAGCAGAACUCAACUCUCAUCCGGAUCGGUGGCAUGACUUACACACAUACCCACCUAUUUACCCACAACUUGACCAAUUGCAAUGGCAGGAAUGGGCUACUCUACCUGAGGAAGAGAAUGAAUGUGAAUCCCAAGAUGGAUAUAACAUGAACCUUCCCAAUACCCAAGUUGGACCAACCUCCCUAAGUAGUGAGGAGCCAGAAUCCUCCUUGGAAAGGGAUCAAUAUGGGAUUGAAGAAGUCUACACUAGUAGCAACGACUCCCCUCGGCAUCAGCCAGUUUACAUCGAACGCCGUCCCACAAUGUCAGACACCAUGAAACCCCACAUUCACACCUGCUGCAAUCACACCUGUGUACCUACAUUGUCAACUCCAGAGUUCCAUGAGCAACACCAGCCCAUUCCAUCCCAAAAGUGGGCCCUUCUUCAGUCCCAAGGCAGAAGAAGUCCAGAGGAAAGGUGGAUAACUCUAGGAGCAAGACAAACCAAGUCUUGGUCAGAAGACAGUUGUGUCUCUCAAGGAUGGACCGCCCAACCGGAGCACAAAUACUAUAAGAUGGGACGGACAAUGGGCAGGCAUCAUAGUGAUGAAUUGUAUCCAUCUAAUCAGCGGCUUUGGUGCUCCUCAGCAGAUCUCAGUCAAGAAGAGGACGAGGGGAUAUUCAGAGAAGACGUGCACGAAUCAAUCAGACUAAAUCAUUUACCUGCCAAGUGCACCAGUGUUCAGUUCCUGGAGUGGGACCUGAGGGUGCAAGAGCAGUCAGAGGCCACGACAGCACCGCCCAAUGGUUCUGACUCCAGUCUGAGCGAGACUUUCUCUCCAGGAACCAGUUCAGUGUCCAGUGACUCAGAUGAGAGCGGAGGGCUGGUCUGGCCUCAGCAACUUCCCCCUCGCUUGCCCCCGUCCUCCUCUUCUCCACAAAAUCCCUCCAAUGUUGUGGUCAAGACUGAAGCCUCCCGUGCAUUCAAAAAGAAGAUCAUGAGAUUUCGUUCAGGCUCUCUCAAACUCAUGACCACUGUCUGAUUCUGGCCAUGAACAUAUCUGCCUAUUUAAAUCUUAAAAUUCAAUUGAGAACAUUAUGCAUUACACUUCUUAAGCCUUGACGUACUGAACACUGCUUCCAGGUCUAAGCCUCUACUCUCAUUUCACACAAGAAUACUAUCCCAUCAGCCAUUUAUGAGCACUCAAUUAUGGCACACAUUUAAGCUAAGCUUUAAAAAAAAAAAAACUCACAGUGUACUUUCUUUGCCUUUGGGAUCGGAUUGUUUGGACUCAGAAACUGACAUGAUGUCAAACUUAACCAGAUUUACACUUGUUUAUAAGUCUAUCCUCCAGUAUCAUCUUGCUUUACUGAUUUUCACCCCUGGGAUUAUUGUAUCUUUCUUCUUGUUAAUAAAAGAUUUGAUGAGAAGCAACCACAAGAUACAGACCAAACCCGUUAAGCACACCAAACCCCUAACAACCCAGACAGCAAGCAGUUUCGGCCCAGGUCUGGCCCACAUCUGGCCCACAUGGAUUUCAUGCGGGCCAGAUGUGGGCCGGAUCUGGGCCAACACUAUGUUGCUGUCUGGGAAGAUCAUACGAUUUAGGAUUUAUUAGAACUACUGAAUAUUUUUAUAUAAACCUGACUUUGUUUCUUUUGUAGAACGCAUUUUGUCCAUACAAUGGAAGUCAAUGGUCACCAAAACUGUUUUAUUCACCAACAUCUUUUACUAUAUUUGUUCUGCAUUAAUCAUAUUGAAAAUCAUACAGUUUUGAAAUGGAAUGAGUGUGAGUAAAUUACAGAAAAAAAAAUGGGUGGACUUUCCCUUUAAGAAGGACCAUGCGUCUGUAAUGUUUAUAAAUCACUUACUUCAGUUUCAAGUUCUCAGGCAUGCCCAUAAAUCUCUUUCUUUUCAGCACUAUCUCUAUAUAUUUUAGCUUUGCCAUACUGAAUAAAGUUAUUUUAAAGUC